AUGGGACAUGGAAACCAGAUCAUAGGGGAAGAUGCUGAUGCAAUUCAUCUCCCAAAUCCAAUGAUUGGGUUCAGGACUCCAGCUGAUCUCUGUCAAAUCCACAGAAGUCUUCCAGACGCAGUCACAGGACCUCCUUAUUGUUACUAUGAGAAUGUGGCAUUGACUCCUAAAGGAGUCUGGGGCACAAUAUCCCGCUUUUUGUAUGACGUGAAGCCUGAGUUUGUUGAUGUGAAGAUCAUGAUGGCUCUUAAAGACUAUGACGAAGAUGAAAUGCCACCUGAAAGUGUCCAUCGCUGUGUUCUUUAUGAAUGCUGCAAGUGGAAUCUUGUUUGGAUUGAUAGUGGCUUAUCACCUGUCAGUUUUGAAAGAUCGAUUUCCCAAUGGCAUCAAUGUCCUCUCUCUCUCUUCUCUGGGUUUGGUGGUGCAGAGAUAGCUCUUUACCGGCUUGGUAUCCCGAUGAAGAAUGUUGUGUCAGUGGAGAUUUCAGAGGUGAGCAGAAAUGUUGUGAGGUGUUGGUGGGAGCAGACAAAUCAGGGAGGGAACAUGUAUCACCUUGCUGAUGUGCAAGAGUUGAAUGUUGACUUCUUAGAGCCUUAUAUCAGUUCCUUUGGCGGGUUUGAUCUGCUCAUGUAUUUUGGUGUCUCUCAAUUUGAGAUUUCUUCUUUCUCAGAUGUCAGCUCGGAAACGGGGACUUAUGGUGACUUCCUGACAGUUGGCCCUAGCGUUGAGAACUCGUAG